CAUGCGCGCUGGUGCUCCCGGACAACGCUGGCGCCGCUCGGGACCGUCAUUCUGUGGUCUGCAAUGGCGGACUCGGUUUCAUGUGUGGGUGUGCUGGGGUUGCUACUUGUGUCUGCACUGCCCGGGGUCCUCGGAGACCGCUCCAGCCCCGACCUCCGGGCACACCCAGGAGACCCCUUCCAGGUCGGCCCUGAGGCCGCGGAACCCCGGCGACGGCCGCCGCCCAAGGACCAGCGCGAGCGGGCCCGGGCCGGGGCUCUGCCUCUGGGGGCGCUGUACACCGCAGCUGUCGUGGCUUUUGUGCUGUACAAGUGUUUGCAGCAGGGGAAAGAUGAGAAUGCUCUUCUCCAAGAGGAGGCAGGCAAGAAAGAAUCACUGCAGUCAGAGCAACAGUUGGCCCAGUUGACACAACAGCUGGCCCAGACAGAGCAACACCUGAACAAUCUGAUGGCCCAGCUGGACCCCCUUUUUGAGCGUGUGACUACCCUGGCUGGAGCCCAGCAGGAGCUUCUGAACAUGAAGCUUCAGACCAUCCACCAGCUGCUACAAGAGAGCAAGCCAAACAAGGGUGUGGAGGUUCCAGAACCAGAGGCCAGCAUACCCUUUCCUGAGGACUUAUGUAUAGAGGAGGAGGAGGAGGAGGAGGCUGGUGACAGUCAGGCCUGGGAGGAGCCCUUGAACUGGAGCACAGAGACAAGGAACCUAGCUCCUCCCUGGGAAGUGGAGCAGGGGCUAAGGAGAAGAUGCAGCAAGGCUGUGGGAAGGGCCGCGGCCGCAGUCCCCGCCUGGGAGGAGGAACGACAGCUGAAGGUUUAGUAAAACAAAGUCUGUUCUUGUGACUGGA